GUACAAUAGACACCUUUUGUUUGCAUAUUUACCUAACCUAAUCAUCUGUAAAGAGUUUUCCCUUAGUGAUGUGUAUACAUCUCCAGUGUUUACCUAGUGCGAAUCAUUAUCUUUAUCGUGUUUCCUCUGUUAUGUAAAUAUUUGAUCACAUUCACAGACAAAAUCAAUUUCAGUAAAAUCAAUUGAAUCAAAUUGGAAAUUCGAAAAGUUUAUUUUUGGAAAAUAAAUCGAUUGUCGUCCAUGAUUAAAAACAGAAUUUACAAAUAGAAGGAGGUGUCGAUGUUGCAUGUUUAGUUAAAAUAAAAUUAAAAUGACUUAUAGGCCGCGUGGAGUGUUUGCUAGAGCACUAUACGAUAAAGUGAACAAUGAUCAAUAUCUGGAGCGAUACGACAUGAAAUUGUGGUACAGAUUGCCGACUGAAUUGCCGGAAAGAUUUCAAUCGAAAUUCGUUCAAUUGGACGAGCCCGAUGACAUUACAAAAGUCUGGCUAGAUAAAGCGAAAGUCUUGUCAGCCAAUCUCUGGCUACAGAUUUGGCAUAUCGUUGCCAGAUUAUUUCUAGCCACAUUUAUGACCCAGACUGACGUCAAUGGCCUUCUCAAGCGAGGUUCAAUGUUCAUCCUCUCCGAAAAUCAAUUCAAGGAUCUAUUAACGGCUGGUGGAUUUUUACCAUCAAAUUUCUCAAACGAGACAAUGAUUGACAUUCUUGAUAUUGGCGCUGGCGAUGGAGAGGUCACUUCCCGGCUAGCUAAAGCGGUCAUUCACAUGGGAAACGAUAUCUUACUGAAAGUGUAUGCGACUGAAUAUAGCUGGACGAUGCGAGAUCGACUACAGAAAAAACAGUUCACGGUGAUCGACAAACUUAGUAAUGUUUCAAAUGUUCAUCUGAUAUCAUGCCUGAACGUGCUGGAUCGUUGUUCCGAUCCGCAUCAGAUUAUGAAAGAUAUUUACAAUGCCCUAGAUCCCAAGGGACGGGCAAUCGUGGCUUUAGUGUUGCCAUAUAGUCAUUACGUAGAGUCAAAUUCCUCACAUUUACCAAUCAAACCGUUGCUACCUCAUUGGCCUCAGCGGCAAAACGUUGCAUUCGGCGAUGAAGCGACAGUGUUCUUCGAACAGCUUGAAUUGAUGGGUUUCAACAUCGAAGCGUGGACGAAAGCACCGUAUCUGUGCGAGGGUGAUCUCAGGCAGUCAUUUUAUUGGCUCAUCGAUGUGGUUGUUGUGUUGUCCAAAAAGCCGGGCUUUAGUUAGGACAUUUCGCAUUUUGUUUUGUUCAGCAGACAAACAACCAAAGAACCAAUCAAACAUUAGUUGUGAAAUGUUUAAAAGAAAAAAUAGCUAAGCUCACGUGCCGUGUUACAUUAAUUUAACAAAUUUUUACUUAAUCGGUUGUCAGUUAUAUUGAAACCGAAGGCUGACAAUUUGGGACACUUUGUGUGAGUAUA